GAAAUGGAAAGCUAAGAACCUUCUUUGGGUGCUCUUCAAUAACGCCGGCCACGUCGUCCCUGAGGACGAUCCAGCCAGUGCUUUUGAGAUCUUCAAUGCCUGGAUCGACGGACUUAGGGCCUGAUGACCAUGCUCGACAAGUAUAUCAAAGUUUCUCUUGCUUCCGUUUUCUGUGACAAAGCUGUUUGCUUAGGAUCAUUGUGUUCCGUGCAGGGCGCGUCGCAAUCGCGCUGACCUCUUUUCUUCAUCAAGCCCCUUCUUCCAAGCCAUCCUGUCGCGUGACCCAAUGACAAGUCACGAGACUAUGCUUCAUCAACAUGUGCCUUCUUCACGGAAUUUGAGUCUAGACUCAGCAGGCCACGUCAAGUCCUUGGCAGGGGUUGACUUGCAGAAAUGGAACUCAGGGGAAAUUUGCUCUAUAAGUCAGUGGACGCCUGCUCGCGAAUGCAGUCUCAGUACUCACCAACCUGUGGCCGUUGAAAUGUACUGGACGCCCCUCCUCUUUAGUCACUUGGCUGCAGCCAUCUUCUCUGAUGGCCGCAGUCAAGGUCUUGCGCAGAUUAAUGGGACUGCAGACUCGUGUAUCAGCUCUCCUCAGCAAGCCGGAUGCAAGACUGAGUGGUUGAUCAAAGAUCCCAUUUACCCCAGCGCAGUCUUACGCAUCAAGAAGGCAGACACCAAGCUCGGCCAUGUCUGUGAAGGUGCCGGGAGCGGCUAUACAGGCUACCUCUCCUUUGACCAUGAUAAACGCACCAUCUACUUUAUCUUCUUCGAGUCUCAAUCCAAACCUCUUGAGGAUCCUGUUGCCAUCUGGAUGCAAGGAGGUCCUGGUGCAAGCAGUCUUCCCUUCGGCCUCCUUGCCGAACACGGCCCUUGUCUCAUCGACGGCACAUCCACAAAAACCAAUCCUUAUUCUUGGAACAAGUUUGCCAAUAUGAUUUAUGUGGAUCAACCUGCUGGCACCGGCUUCUCCUUCAGCACGACUGCAGAUCCCCGGGACACCACCUCACAGGUAGCAGAUGACAUGGUCAUGUUGCUUCAUCUGUUCUACCAGGCCUUCCCGGGAUUGAAGAAGAACCCACUUCAUCUCACUGGUGAGUCCUAUGCAGGCAAGUGGAUUCCCCCUCUGGCCAAAAAGGUGCUCGAUGCAAAUAAGAAGUAUAAAAAAGCAAAUCACAUUCCCUUGAGCUCUAUUGUCAUCGGAGGCGGAUAUCUCAACGCAGCUGUGCAGGAUCCAACAAUUUAUGACUAUGCUUGCCUCAAACCUCAUCCCAUUGUCAAAACUCUCGUCAAUGCAACAGCAUGCGCUAGCAUGUCAGUUGCGGCAACUCAUUGCAAAGCGUUGUGGGCAAAGUACACUCGCUUGGGUGGCAAAAAAGGGCGCGCUGCACGUCAGGCUGCAGAAGAGGCACUGCAUGCUUGUUACAGAGAGCUGUAUCCUGCCAUUCGCGAGAGCGGAACGGAUAUGUACCUGGUCAGCCGUCAUUGUUCAGACAAGUCGGGAGACUGCGAUCCAAAAUCUUCGCUAGCUGAACAGUAUUUGCAGCGUUCCGAGGUUGCAGCUGCUUUUGGGGCAGACUCCGGCGUCUUUCACGCGUUCAAUGACAAGAUCCAAACUCCAACCGAAUACAGCGGAGAUGAGGGUCUCGACACUGGACCAACUGUAGCAGGGCUUUUGGAUGCUGGCAUUCCUGUUCUGAUUUAUUCGGGCUUGUUGGAUGCUCGAGUCCCUUUCGUUGGCAGCAUGGCAGUCCUAGAUCAACUCGUCUGGUCUGGGUCAGAUCAAUUCAAGGCCGCACAGAAUGCUCCCUUCGGUUGGUCAGGCGGAGUCAAAUGGGGCGCAAAGAACUUGCUCUACGUGCUGUUCGAAAAGGCUGGCCAUCUCGUCCCCAGAGACGAUCCAGUGAACGCUUUCCAGCUAUUGAAAGGCUGGUUGGAUGGGACUCUCAUGCGAUAAACGUGCUGUUUGGGCUUAUUGAAGCUUUGCUCGCCUCCUUCUUGUGUGCCACCCAUGUGUUGAGAUCAGCGUUGGGAGUGCCACACAAAGCUUCUACAUUAUUUCUUCCCAAGGACUUUUCUUCAAGCUGUCCUGUUGCGUAGUUCAAUGGCAGACGACUGAUGCGCAUAAACGACUUGUUCGCUUUGAUCUCUUGUG